GAGCACGGGGUCCCGCAGAGCAGUCUGUGAUUGGCUGAAGGCAGUUCUUAGAAUGUUCUGAAUCCCGUUAGAAACAAAGUUGCAGUUUGAGGCUGAUUUAAAGCGGCCGCAGCGCUGGAGCAGAGCAGUUUGAAUUCCAUGGUUCUUGAAGGCAGCUGAAGUUCUCCUUGUUUUGCAGAUUCCAGCGAGGAUUUAACAGAGGAGAAUAAGCUGGAGUUUUGGCUGCUCUCUGCACCCAUCUAGCGCCCCCUGCUGUCUGUCUGGAGCGGUGCAGAGAUUCCCACUUGUUGCUGUCCGGACCCUCUGUGGAAGCGCGGGCUCUCUGUCCGGUUCAGCAUGCUGUAUUCGGGCUUCCUGCUCUGCAGCAUUGCCCUGCUGCUCCAAGUGACCCCACCUGGUUCAGCCGCCCAGCAGUACCAUGGGGAGAAGGGGAUCUCUGUACCGGAUCACGGCUUCUGCCAGCCGAUCUCCAUCCCGCUGUGCACAGACAUCGCCUACAAUCAGACCAUCAUGCCGAACCUGCUGGGCCACACCAACCAGGAGGACGCCGGGCUGGAGGUGCACCAGUUCUACCCGCUGGUCAAGGUGCAGUGCUCGGCCGAGCUGCGCUUCUUCCUGUGCUCCAUGUACGCCCCGGUGUGCACGGUGCUGGAGCAGGCCAUCCCCCCGUGCCGGUCGCUCUGUGAGAGAGCCAGGCAGGGCUGCGAGGCCUUGAUGAACAAGUUCGGCUUCCAGUGGCCCGAGAGGCUGCGCUGCGAGAACUUCCCCGUGCAGGGGGCCAACGAGAUCUGCGUGGGGCAGAACACCUCGGACACGCCGUCUGGACCCACAGCCAACCCCACACCGUACCUACCUGAUAUCAUCACCUUCCACCCGCACAACACGCGGGGAUUCACCUGCCCCAGACAGCUCAAAGUGCCCCCUUACCUGAGCUACCGCUUCCUAGGGGAGAAAGACUGCGGGGCCCCCUGUGAGCCCACCAAAGCCAAUGGACUUAUGUACUUCAAGGAGGAGGAGGUGCGCUUUGCCCGGCUCUGGGUGGGUAUCUGGGCUAUCCUAUGUGCCAUCUCGACCCUCUUCACAGUGCUCACCUACCUGGUUGACAUGAGGCGCUUUAGCUACCCCGAGAGACCCAUCAUCUUCCUGUCUGGCUGCUACUUCAUGGUGGCAGUGGCCUAUGGAGCUGGGUUCCUCCUCAAGGAGAAAGCUGUGUGUCUGGAGAGCUUUUCUGAGGACACCUACCGAACUGUUGCUCAAGGCACCAAGAAGGAGGGCUGCACCAUUCUCUUCAUGAUCCUCUACUUCUUUGGCAUGGCAAGCUCCAUAUGGUGGGUCAUCCUGUCUCUAACCUGGUUUCUGGCAGCAGGUAUGAAGUGGGGCCAUGAAGCCAUUGAGGCCAACUCUCAGUACUUCCACCUGGCUGCCUGGGCAGUGCCAGCCAUCAAAACAAUCACUAUCCUAGCAAUGGGCAAGGUGGAUGGAGAUAUCUUAAGUGGUGUGUGCUAUGUGGGCAUCAACAGUGUGGACUCCCUCAGAGGUUUUGUGUUGGCUCCCCUCUUUGUCUACUUGUUCAUUGGAACCUCAUUUCUGCUGGCUGGCUUUGUGUCCUUAUUUCGCAUAAGGACCAUCAUGAAACAUGAUGGCACCAAGACUGAGAAGCUGGAGAGAUUGAUGGUGAGGAUAGGGGUGUUCAGUGUGCUAUACACGGUGCCAGCCACCAUCGUGCUAGCCUGUUACUUCUAUGAGCAGGCCUUCAGAGACUCUUGGGAGAAGACCUGGCUCAUGCAGACCUGUAAGAGCUUUGCUGUGCCAUGUCCCAGUCAUAACUUUGCCCCCAUGAGCCCAGACUUCACAGUCUUCAUGAUAAAGUACUUGAUGACCAUGAUUGUAGGAAUCACAUCUAGUUUUUGGAUCUGGUCUGGUAAGACCCUGCAGUCCUGGCGCAGGUUCUACCACAGGCUAAGUAACAAUAAGGGGGAGACAGCUGUAUGAACCCACAGACUGUUGCCCCUUCCUGUUAUGGGGGGGGGGGCUGAACUAAAUUGAUUUUUGUAUUUUAUUUUUUUAAAUAGACUGCAACUUAUUGGUCUUCCCCAGGCAGCACUGUUGACACACCAUUUCCUUUUCUGAAAAAUGCUACAAUGUGGGCUAGGAAACUCUACAAUCAUGUACUGGAAUUAUUCAAAGUUGGACAAUGGUUUUAUGGAAUUUUUAUUUUUGUGUACCGUAAUACUCUGAAAUGUUACCAUGCAUAGUCACUUAAAGGUAGAAUACACAAAGUGAUUGUGUAGGAACCCUUAUUGUUAUUUCUUCAGUCAUUUUAUCAUAUAAUGGGUACUAAUGCGGACACAAUGUGUAAAGGGUUCUUGGCAGCACCUUGAGAACUGAAAUCUGUCUUCAUGUAUUCAAUCUAACAGAAAUAUAGGGGGGGAGGGGACUUGUGCUUGUAUAGUCUAUAUAUGCCAUGCAAAGGUUUCUCCAGAAGCUAAAGGGUUAAAAGAAAUUCUGGUAACAUUGUGUUGGUAUACAGCAUAAGUAGAGGAGAAGAGGUGACAUUCUUGCCAUUUGCUCAGCUGCCAGAAUAGGAUUUUUCUGUUUACCUAGCAGAUCAAGGCUUGUGAAUUGUAAAUACUUGGGUCCCUUAAGCACCCUGCAGGCAGUUAAUUAAAAGUUCCCCCUUCAUUUGCCAGCAGCUGGGCAAAUAAAGCAUUUUGGUGCUGUCUCCCUACUGUUAGGUCAACAAGCCAUGCGAUGUAACAACUUUUAAUACAGGAUUAUUUUUUUGUGUAUGGUACAGCUUUAGUGAUGCCACCAUAUUUAUUUACUCAGUUGAGUAUUUUAAAAUUAGACUUUUUUUUUAUUUUACACCAACAUGGAGUUGAAUAAUCAAAAUUCAAUUUGAAGAAACCAGAUGCUCUUGUCUUGUAUGUCCCAGAAAGGGUUAAUGGCUUCUCCUUCAAACAAAUGCCGAACAUUCUUACAGAUUCUGUUCUCCACACUUGCUUCCAUCUGGUCUGGGGGGAGAGCAAAAUCCGUAAUGUUCUUAAUAUUGCAAUAGAAAUGCUCAAACCAUAAUAAACUGAGGUUUUGGGAAUAUUUAUUUUCCUUAUAUCUUCGUAACCCUAACAAGACAGUGGUUAAUGGUCAAGCAAAAUAAUGAAUAACUCCCAACACUUUAACACUUUGUGUGACUUGACUCUGUUCCUCAAGCUGUAUGUAAUAUAUUUGGAAAGGGACACUAGCAAAUGAUUAAAAAUGAGUACCUCAUUUUUAAAAAAAAUUUAUUUUUGAAUUUUUAUUUUUUAAAAGUAUACUACUAGACAUAUUUUUCGAUUUUUCCAUGAAUGGUAAAUGUAGUUUACCAACAUGUGGGGUGCCACUGAAAAAUGCACAAGGCCCUCCUCCCAGGUUAUCUGUUAUAGAUUGGUAAUGAAGUAGAUUUUUAUACAAAAUAGGAUUGAUAAUUUGUUUACCUAUGGUACUAUGGAGUUAAAAUACCUUAUUGUUUGCAUUUAAUAAACUCUUAAAAACAAAUUAGUCAGAUCAGGUGUUAAAAUAAAUUCUGAAACCAGGUUCCACCCGUUCAGGUCAUAAUGUUGUGUUAUGUGCACAUCUAGUAUGUUUCGAUUUCAUUUGUAUUCUCACAUAAAAGGUCUUUACAAUAUAUUGUAAGUAAUGUAGAUUAUGUGGGGGGGAAUCUUUAUUUUUUUUUUUUUGCUUCCCAAUCUUCCAGGGAUUCUAAAAAUUGCUGCAUAAUGUGUACUUUGAAAUUCAAUACCAUGUAUGACCUUAAUAUUUUAUAAUUUAGUGGGGUUUUUUUAUGUGCAUGUUAAACUAUCCACAAAUGAAGUCUGCAAUGUUAUAUAUAAAUUU